AUGGCCAACAUUACAGGCACGUCAUCACAAUUACCAAUUGGCGUCCUGACAUCUCUCCUAGCCUUCAACAUUAUCCUCUCCUUCACUGCAUCUCUGGGUAAUGUUCUGAUCCUGUUGACAAUUUAUAAAGUUUCCUCUCUGCAUCCUGUGACGAAGCUCCUGUUUGCAUCCUUGGCCACAACCGACCUUUGCGUGGGUCUCUUUUCGCAGCCUUUGUUCGUAGCAAGCAUAAUACUUAAGAUUGAUCUUGCCAACACCGACCUGGAUAUUUUGUACCACUUGAGCGAGGUUAUUUACAUCUCCAGUUAUGUGUUAUGCGGAGUGUCCCUGUUGAUAUCGGCAGCCAUCAGUGUUGACAGACUUCUUGUUUUGUUGUUGAGGCUGAGAUACAGAGAGGUUGUGACACAGAAGCGAGCUCAAGUUGUUAUACUUUUGUGCUGGGUAAUUGCUAUUUCAUGCGGAUUGGUUCGUGUGUGGAGUCCAACGGUUUCAGAGAUUGUUGUUUUUGUGGCUGGUUUUGUAUCUUUAGUUACUUCCGUGAUUUGCUACGCAAAGAUCCACCAGAGACUACAGAGGAAUCAGGCUACAAGAGAGGACAACUAUGGGUGUGAACAGUCAAACGAAGGAGAAGAAGUGGGUGGAGGAGAGGAAGGGACAGGAUUAACAACGGGGGAAGGAAGAGCCGCAGGAGAAGAAGCAGAAGCAACGACGGGGGCAGAUGCAGUCUAUUACAGCGGCCUGCAGAAGACGAGGUGGCUGGCAAGCAGCUACCGCGCUAUUACUACCUUGGAGAAGUACUAUGUCACUACUGUUAUGCACCUGCAGCAUAAAACUGGAUCCACUGGUGAAGAUGGGGCACGUGCUAAGGGAAUUCUGAAACAACUACUAUCCGAGAGGUUUGUCGUUUGCCAUAUAACAGUAGUUGUAGCUCCUUGA